UGAUGAUGGAGUAACUUAAGCUGUUUUGUUGGAGAUCAUCCAAUCUCGCCAAAAUGGAUUUCAACGAAGAGAUGUGUUAUGAAUCUCCUUGAUGAACAUGAGCAGUUCUGUGUCCUCCAAUAACGGACGAAAAGUGCGAUUUACCCUUCCUGGUCAGGAGUUUGUGUUUGAUCCACCCAAAAUUGUCACGCCUCGCAACAAAGUUGUGCACGGAACACGCCAGUACAUCAACGGAACACUUCAAUCUACAAAGUUCGCGUCUGUGCCAGAGUCUGCGAUUGUCAAGAGGGAACUUCAGCCACUUCCUCCGCGAGAACCUCUGCCAGAACCGCGUCCAGUGCAGAAGACGAAGCUUAAGAUAGAAUUGCCGCCAAAUGCUGCAUCGAAAGCCAGUCCGGAUUUUGUGCGACAGAAGCUCUCUGUGGGAUUGGAGAAUCUCACGAUAGAUAGCAGGACGUCAAAGAAGGCAGAUCCUAUUGCCGAGAGGUUAACCAAAUUGAGUAUUGUUACACCUAAGUUGGUGGCUAAAGAACCUGUGCGACAAGUGAGGGAAUUCCCAGAUAUUCAUCACAAAUUCGCUGCAUUUGAUAAUUUAUCGCCAAUUCGGGGUCAAGGAAGAAACACAGGGACUGGAAAGAACGCAGGAAGUGAAGAAUCGACAAGAUUGCCACGAAGACAGACGAAUUCUGCUGUGAGAUCUGUUAAAAUAACACAAAAAGUGUCGCGACAGAGUGUUAUAUCAUCUCAGGCGUCACCAUCGAGAGCACGUCAGUCCAAGAGUGCCUUCAAGCCCUUUCAGAUCAUUGACACACGCUUUCCUGGCCACGAAUUGCAGUCCACAAACUUCAAUUCAUCGACUGAGGAACUGAAAAAUCGCCCGAGUUUGCCCACAGUUGAAGUGACUGGAGUCCAUUUGCAUUCGGACGCGGAGGAAUUGAGUGGGUGUUGGGGUGUGAAUGAGGAGAAUAGCAGAGGAUUUCUGCGAGUACCUGAAUUGAGUGAUAUCUCAGAAAACAUCUACGAAGCCUCAGUGGCGGGAAACGCUUCGAAUAACAGCGGAGAGAUUGAGCCUUCGGAAAAUGUGGCUCAAUUCUGGGACUUCGUACAGAGAUGGCGGACUAUACGCUUAGGUUCGAGUAAGAAGAAGUUUUCCAAUUUGAAUCGACAGUCGUCUGCAGUUUCUGUUCAGCGCUCAAUUAAAACGGUCGAAAAGAGAGCCCAAAUAACGUCACGUCUGCGAACGCUGAGGAUGAAUUUGGAGCAAGUGCCAAUGGUGAGCACACUCCUGCGAGCGGCUAGAGAUGCUAAUGAGCUCCUGCUCAAGGAAGCACUGCGGGACAUCCUGAUAAAUGGCGUCACAAAAGAAGAUCUCAAUUCCACCGACAAAAGCGGAAGGACGGCCAUCUCCUAUAUUUGUUCAACAAAUUUGACGCAUUUUCUGGACAUUUUCCUCCAAUUGCCGGGAAUUGACGUGAACAAGUCGGACAAUGAGGGAAAUUCACCACUACACUUUGCCGCACAAGCCGGUCAAGUCGACGUGGUGAAUAUGCUGUUGUCAAGAAGUCGCAGCAUUGUUGUGGAUGCAAAGAACAACCUGGGCUUCACGCCACUCAUGAAGGCCGCCCUGCAAGGUCGCACAAAGUGCGCGAAGCUCCUUCUGUUCGCUGGAGCUUCACCUGUUGAAACGGAUUCGGGCCGGGGAAUGAGGCCGGAGCAGUGGGCGAAGUUCUGCGGGCGCUACUCGUGUGCUGAGAUGAUAGAGAAGUGCGCCAGAUCGCGUCUGCUGGAGAAGACGAGCUCCUGCAAGUGGUCAAAUGAUUCCCUCGCUCUGGACAAACCUGCCGUCUCCCGAAGCAGAACAACACCGAAUCAGCAGCAAAGUGGUGGAAUUCGCUCGAAAUUCCGUAAAGUCUUUCCAUUUACUCUCCCAUUUCGUGAUAAGCAGUACAAGGAGGAUCCGGCGUCGGGCACAGAGAUUGUUCAGUAUCUCUCUGCGGCAGCUCUCUGUGCCAGUGGCCCUGUGGUUCUUCCGGCAAAUGGCAAUUCGAAGAUCAUCAAAAGCAUCAUAAGACCACUAGAAGUGCCAAAAUUAGAGGUGACUUUGGCCAAUAAUAUGUCUCUUAUAAGGAAGUAUGAAAAUUCCAGCUUCUCUGAAGACACAGAGUCGGUUGAGAGUUCUCAGCCGAUGUCGUCGCCAUCGCGCGGGAAGAAGUGAGAC